UCAACUCAUCUGCUCUAGGCCCUGGCGAAUGUCGAGGAUUUUUUUUCCUUUUUUGAAUACAAAUAAAUAAAUCAAUAUUCUAAGAUAUUGAUGAUAUAAUUGAUAUAAUACAUUAUUCAUUGGACUAGGAGAAAUUUAUUGCCUACGAUAAUGUUCCAAACCAAUGCUUUUUUUCGUUUCUAUCAAUGUCCACAAAAGAAAUUGACAAAAAAAUGUACAAGACCAUUUUGUCAAUAUAAUCAUGGAAAUAAUCAUGGUGAAUCGGCCAUUCCUGUUGUCGAUUAUAGCCAAACAAAUUUUGGUGUCGAUGAUUUUUUCUCAAAUCUUCGCCCAGAAGAUCUUGAAGGCUAUUUAGAACCAUCAACAUCAUCAUCGUCAAUAUCUUCGACAACAACGUCAAGCCUAACAAAUGAAUCAAUCAUUUCAUCAUCUCAAAACAGUAUUAGCUUCGAUAAUUCAUCGUUUGAAUCAUUCGUCGAUAAAAAUGAGGAUGACCACAGCAAUGAUGAUGAGCAUAAUAAGUGCAAUAACAAUAAUAAAUCAUUGGAUUCUAAACAAAGUAUUAAAAAUAAUGAGAUGAAAUCGAAUACUAAAUUCGGUUUAAAAAGAACCUUGUCCAUAGAAGAAAUUUCGAAAAAACACCCACCAUCUCAGUCAAACCAUUCAAAUGGUAAUGAUGAUCUGUGUUCAACAGACCGGAAAGUUGAAAAUACUCAUCCAGUUAAUCAUAAUUUGACAAUCAAAAAACCACGAACCACAGUCAAAAUAAAACAUUAUCGUGAAGUCAUGUUGGAACGAUAUGCUAAAAUAGCAGCUUUAUCGAAAAAUGAUAAUAAUUCAAUCGAUUUAAGUUUGUUCAAAAUCGAUCAUCGACCAUCACUUUCUAAUACUACUAAUGAAAGCUCAAUUAAGUCCGGAACUUUGAUACUAAAUACAAUUGGUCAUACUGCAAAAAACAAAAAGGAACAAAAUCUGGCAACAAUAAAGUUGAAUACAAAAUCUAAGAUUGCAGCUAAUACUAAUCGAAAUCCAGAAGAAUCUGUGAAAAUAUUUGCUUUGAAUUGGAUGCCAAUCACUGUGCCAUCAAUAAAAAUUGCAUUCAACAUACGUGUACGAAAUAUAAGAAGAAUUUAUGAAGAAUUGAUUAAGCUUAAACCAGAUAAAAACGAAAAUGAACUCUGCAAAGAAGCACGUGAAAUUGAAAAAGAAAUCUGUAUUCGAAGUAAAAACUGGUCAAGUUUAUAUUUGUCAUUGCUUGCAUCAAAAAUUCGUUCAAUUCGUAACAAUGAUGAUAAGUCAAUGGAUUCAAAAACUCCUCGGGUGAAAAUUGAAACUUCUAAAGCAAAUAAUAUGAGUAUAGUGCGUAAGGCAAAAAUCAGUUAUAAUGAUCUAACCACAGAACAAUUGUCGAAAUUUCUCGGACAAUUAAUCAUACCCAGCAAUGACUUAUUAUCAUAUGGAUUUCCUAAACUUGAUGAUGAAAGUGAUCGAGCAUUAUUCUCACAACAUGAAUGGGAUCAUCGUAGACAAUUGAUAAAUACAUUGAUCAAUUAUAAAGAAGAAAUCCUAAUUACUUGUGAUCGUUGUACGAAAACCUACAUAAAUCCACAGAAUACUAUACCAAGUGUAUGCGUAUUUCAUCCGAAACAUGCAUAUAAUUUAAAAACGAAUGGAAGAAUUGAACGUUUUUAUGUUUGUUGCAAUAAUGAAGCCGGUUCAAUUGGCUGUCAAUCAAUGGAUGUUCAUGUUACCAAAGGCCAUCAAUUCAUUGAAACUCGUACCGGUUUCGUUCGGACUAUUUCUCAUCCAGAUGAAACACCAAAAGCAUAUGCUUUAGAUUGUGAAAUGUGUUUCACCGAAUCAGCCUCAGAAGUAUGUCGAGUAACAAUCAUUGAUUUUGGAGGCGAAGUUAUCUACGAUAAACUAGUGAAACCAAUUUCAAAAAUCAUCGAUUAUGUUACCAAAUAUUCAGGAAUUAAAGAAACGGAUCUCAUCGAUGUAACAAAUACAUUGGAAGAUGUUCAACAAGAUAUAUUAAAAAUGAUAUCAGCUGAAUCAUUCAUCAUUGGUCAUGGAUUGGAUUCAGAUUUUCGUGCUUUAAAAUUAUUACACGAUAAUAUCAUUGAUACAGCUUUUUUAUUUCCACAUAAGCGCGGUUUACCUUUUAAAAAAUCAUUGAAAACCUUGGCUGUUGAUCAUUUGAACAGAAUCAUUCAAGAAGAUGAAAUUGGACACGAUAGUGCUGAAGAUGCAAAAGCUGCUCUGGAUCUGGUCAAACUUCGUCUACAAGAUGUGAUUAAUAAACACAAUGUUUAAUGCAAUGGGCAAAAAAUUCAUAUGUUUAACCUCAAAGUGAUAAUGGCGCCAUAUGAAAAUGAUGUUAACCAUUGGAAACAAAAAAAAAAAUACAACAA